GUUACAGAGCGAUAGAAUUCAAGAGGGCCUGCUUUGAUUUUUUUGUGUUCAACCACUAUUGUCAACAUUGGAUGGCAGAUCAAGAAGCACAAGGAAAGCAAGCAAUUGAAGGAGCACAAAAAACAGAGGAAGAAGCACUCUUCAGUGGACGAGGCCGAGGAAGAGGCAAGUACAGUACUAGAGGAGGUUUCUAUAGCACUAGAGGAGGAGCUAGAGGCAAAGGUAGAUUCCAGAGCAUCAAGAUAGAUCAGCCCAAGGAUGAGAGAUCUUGGAGGCAGCAACAUAGGAGUUACCAUUCAGGGGGAGCUCAAGAAGGCCAAGAGGUAGAAAGUAGCAGCUCCAACAAUUACAGGAGACGUAAUGAUCUAUGUUUUAAUUGUGGAAAAAGAGGUCACUUUGCAAGAGACUGCAAAUACAAAAAGGGCUCAGUGCAAGGAAAUGUUGCUACCUCAAGAGAUGAAGAGAAUCACAGUGAAGAAGAAUGGGACAUGCAGGCUUCUUGUGCAACAGUGGAGAUAGAAGUCGAAGUUGAGGCUAACCAAGUGGUUUUGUCAACUUCCAACCAGAGCAGAGUUGAUUAUAGCAAAAAUUGGAUAAUUGACUCUGGAGCUGCUAGUCACAUGACAGGAGAUGAGGAAAAGCUAUUGAACUUGUCAGAAUACAAAGGAAACAGAGUGGUAGUCACAGCAGAUGAUACCCGGCUUCCGAUCAAGCAAAUUGGAGAUGCAGUGAUAACACCACGCACCAACUCUGAACAAGUAAAGGUGAAAAAUGUCCUCCAUGUAUCUGGGAUGAAAAAGAAUUUGUUGUCUGUGGCACAACUUACUGCUCCUGGAAAUUAUGUGGUGUUCGGACCGGAGGAUGUGAAGGUGUAUCAACAAUUAAAGAUUGAAGGCACACCAAUCAUGAAAGGAGAAAAGAAGAAUUCUGUUUAUGUGAUGUCUGCUGAAACAGCAUAUGUGGACAGGACCAGCAAGAAUGAUACUGCUGACUUGUGGCAUGCACGUCUUGGACAUGUUAGUUAUCUUAGAUUGCAGGUGAUGAUGAAUAAAUCUAUGGUGAAAGGCCUACCUAAGCUGGAGGUGCGCAAAGAUGCUGUUUGUGCUGGUUGUCAAUAUGGGAAAGCACAUCAACUUCCAUAUCAGGAGUCCAAGUUCAAGGCCAAGGAACCACUGCAGCUGGUACACUCGGAUGUCUUUGGUAAAGUCAAACAAUCAUCAAUUGGUGGAGCACAUUACAUGGUGACAUUUAUUGAUGACUACUCGAGGCAUGUAUGGGUGUACUUCAUGAAGGAAAAAUCAGAAACUUUAGAAAUGUUUAAAAGGUUCAAAAAGGAAGUUGAGCAGACAAUUGGCAAGAAAAUUCAAUGCCUUCGAACAGACAAUGGGGGAGAGUAUACAUCAAAGGAAUUUUCAGAUUAUCUACAAGAUAAUCGUAUUCGGCGACAACUAACUUGUCCAUAUACUCCUCAGCAAAAUGGAGUAGCUGAACGGAAGAAUAGACACCUUGGAGAAACAUGUCGAAGCAUGUUGCAUGCUAAGAAUGUGCCACCUAGAUUUUGGGCAGAGUGCAUGAAGACUGCAGCCCAUGUGAUUAAUAGGCUUCCUCAAGCUACUUUGGGAUUUAUAUCACCUUUUGAGAAGCUGUGGAACAUUAAGCCAGUGGUGAGUCAUUUUCGAGUCUUUGGCUCGGUGUGCUAUGUGUUUGUUCCAGAAGCCCAAAGGACCAAGUUUGAUAAAAAGGCAGUCAGAUGCAUUUUUCUUGGCUAUGAUGACCAAAGGAAAGGAUGGAGGUGCUGUGACCCAAAUACUGGACGUUGCUGUGUUUCUAGAAAUGUUGUGUUUGAUGAAGCAUCUUCUUGGUGGUCCCCACAAGAGAUAGUGUUGCCAGAUUCCAAGGAGUUGGAAGAAAAAGUACAAGAAAAAUUUGGAGAAGAUACUUGCAGGCUGUUAGAUACUAAAGAAGUUGUAGAGAAGGAAAAAGAGAUAGCUCCUGAAAGAACAGUAAGUCCAUGGCAAACAGGAGUACGAGAGCCCAUGAUCGAAGAAACAAGACAAGGUGAAGUAGAAGAAGCAGAACAACAGCCUGAGCAGCAGCUAAGACGCUCCACUCGAGAGCGAAAGCCAAAUCCCAAGUAUGCUAAUAUUGCUCUUAUUGAAGCAAGUCCGGUGAUCGAACCGGAGAACUAUGAGGAAGCUGCACAAAGUAUUGAAUGGAGAAAAGCAAUGGAAGAGGAGAUAAAGGCUUUAAAGCAAAAUCAAACUUGGGAAUUAGUACCCAAGCCAAAUGAUGUAAAGCCAGUAUCUUGCAAAUGGGUCUACAAAGUUAAGACUCGACCAGACGGGAAGAUAGAGAGAUAUAAGGCCAGGCUUGUUGCUCGAGGGUUCUCUCAACAGUAUGGGAUAGACUAUGAUGAAACUUUCAGUCCAGUGGCUAAGAUUAAUACUGUUAGAGUCCUGCUUGCUCUAGCUGCAAGCAAAUCAUGGAAGCUGUGGCAGAUGGAUGUGAAGAAUGCAUUUUUGCAUGGAGAAAUUGAUAGAGAAAUUUAUAUGGAGCAACCAUGUGGAUUUGAAGACAAAAGGCAUUCAGAGUAUGUCUGCAAAUUAAAGAAGGCACUGUAUGGACUCAAGCAGGCACCGAGAGCAUGGUACGGAAAAAUUGCAGAAUUUCUAGUUCAAAGUGGCUAUUCAAUGACAGUUGCAGACUCAAGCCUAUUUGUCAAAACUCGAGGCAACAAAGUAGCAAUUGUGCUUGUCUAUGUGGAUGACUUAAUUGUCACCGGAGAUGACAUUGAAGAAAUUCUUCAAACAAAGGAGAACUUGUCAGUACGGUUUCAGAUGAAGGAGUUGGGAGAAUUAAAGCACUUUCUUGGGCUUGAAGUGGAUCGGACAAAAGAAGGCAUAUUUUUGUGUCAGCAAAAGUAUGCAUCAGAUUUAUUAAAGAAGUUUGGGAUGCUUGAGUGCAAGCCAAUCUCAACUCCAAUGGAGAUGAAUGCCAGACUCUGCUCCCAUAAAGGGAAGGACUUAACAAGUGCCACCAUGUACCGGAAACUGGUCGGAAGCUUAAUCUACCUGACUUUAUCAAGGCCGGAUAUAUCAUUUGCAGUAGGAGUGGUGAAUAGAUUUAUGCAAAAUCCUAAAAAGUCACACUUGGAAGCAGUACGCCGGAUUCUCAAGUAUGUCAAAGGAACACUGGACUAUGGCAUAUUAUACAAGAGUGGCACAGAGUGUAAGGUGGUUGGCUAUUGUGAUGCUGAUUAUGCUGGAUGUCAUGAUACAAGAAGAUCCACUACUGGUUAUGAAGGUGCAGGCAUGCAUAAAAAUGCCACCAGGGAGGACACCUCUUCUGGUUUUGCCAUUCGUCCAAGAGAAGUUUUGAGUGCAAUAUGCCUUCAGUGCCACACAAUUAGUCCUCAUACUGUCCUUUACCCACUCACAGGCCAAAACCUUAGUCGGUUCAAUGCCGCUGCAAAAUCAUAUAUAGAUCCGGAGUUAAAGAAUGUGACACCAGCAAUGGAAGAUAAGAAAACAAUGCUUCCUGCUCCAGAGGCUUUCAGAAGUGGAUGGGAUAGUUGGCAGAGCGUUGUUUAUCUAUACCCUGAAAAUUCAGCAAUUGUAGCUUGUAAGUUCUUUAAAAUUUCACAAUCCCAUGGAACUUAUAAGUAUGUUGAGUUUUCCACCGAAGAGAGAAGAGAUUGUUUCCAUCAACUUUUCUCGUUCAGCUUGAGAAGAUACAUCAUAGACUGAACCAGUGACGUUUAAAUCCCUUCUUAUUCCAUUCAUUUAAGCAAUUGUUAAGUUGAGUUUCAUUGCGAGAGCAGGUAAUACUUCUUUUUUUUUUUUGAAAUAGGGAACUGCAGUAUCUAUAAGUGAUGCAGUUUUAAUGGAUUUUGAGGAACAUCUGCUGACCGUAUAGCCAUUACGUUAAAUUGCAGCAGCAUAGUUCCUUGCACAAACAUUAAAAUGAAUGAAGUGACCAUUG